UGCUCCAUAUUCUCUCCUAAACCCCAAAUCACCACCACUAAUCAAGCAUAAAAAAACCAAGUCAACUAAAUUCCAGCAAUCCAUGAAAUGACGAAAUCACCCUCAGUCCCUUCCAACAACGUAAACCAAAACUAUAGGGGCAUAUUCGGUGAUAAGAAAUUAAAAUCCAAAUUGGGACUAGUAGGAGCAAUCUAGGGUUAGGGUUUAAAAUCGAAUUAGUACAAAGCUUCCAAAUUUGGGGUUGGGAGUGAUUGAUUCUUUGGGGUUUUUCACUAUAAAGCUCUGAACUUUGCGUUGUGUAGUGAAUCGGACGGCUCAGAAGCUCGCUCUGAGGUUUUUUGGUUUCUUAUUGGGCGUGAGAUUGUGAUUCUCUCUCUGGGCUUUAGCGCCCUGAGGCACCGUUGAAAUCCAUGAUCAUCAGCGUCUCAUGGAUCCGUCUACAGUGCCAACCACUCCUCCAGUUGAAGAAGAAGAUGAGUGGGACACUGAUGGAUUCGUGAUUCCAAGCUUGGAAAUAGGAGACUUAGAUCGGAGUAAAACAGAUGUUUCAGAAGUAGAAGCCUCAAAACCUCCUUCUCCAAAGGCCAAAAAAGAAGAGAAUAUCUACCUAGGUCCACACGGAGCACCUCCUUCGCAGUCAAAGCAGCAAGAGCCAAAUUCUGCUGGUCGUAAGCAGCGGUUCAAGCAAAAAUUGAAGGAAGCAGAUGAGAGGACCAGUGGGACAGGUCGGGAGAAUAAGUUAGAGAGUCUCAGAGAACUUGUGGGUGGUGGCAAAGCCACCGGCAACAUGACAAAGGGCUCUACCAGGGAUUGGCUGGACCCACAUUGUCAUGAGUCUCAGUUUGAGAAGUGGAAUCCCCAGUGAGUGGAAUAUUUGAGAGCUUUUUAAACUUGGUACACAGGGUUAUCUUUGGAGACUGAAUUUAUAAAAGUUUAUGUAUUUUGACAAUAAAUUUUCAACUAGGCCUUUGAGAUUUGCUUUUGCUGCGAAAGAUUCUUUCAGUAGCAUUUCCGAUGUUUGGGUUGUAUUUGCUGCAGUUGGUGUUCGGCCCUUCUCUUAUUUUGGGCUCCUUCCACUUUGAGUUUGGAUCACUGUUGGAUCUUGAAAAAGAAAAUGAUGAUAAUAACCUCAAGCGGAAUUUUGCUUGUUCUUUAAAA